UUUCCUCUCUUUCCUUCUCAGCUUCUUCGCUCCCUCCCCCUGUCACACUCAGUAGCUUUCCUUCCUUCCUUCCCUCCCAAAACAAUCCUCUUUCUCUCUCUCUCUCUCUCUCUCUCUCUCUCUCUCUCUCCACCAUGGACGACGACGCGUCGAACCACUUACGUCGGAUGUCAAGCCGAACCCGGAAGGUUGCUCCAAAGAUGGCUGCUGCUCUUGCAAGCACCGACAACCGCACCCAGGCAGCUCUUGCUCGCCUUGAAGCUUUGGAAAAUGAUAAUGCGGGAAUCGAGACUGUGGAGAUUAAUGACGAAGACGAAGAUUCUCUCGACGAUGAUGAUCAAGUGUACAUGCAAAAGAAGCAGUCCAAGAGCAUGAAACGUAAAACGCGACAGGCAAAAGCGCUCGAGGCCAGGAAAGCUCCACGGACGUUUCUUGAGCUCUUACAUGAGGCAAAUCUGGAAUUUUUGCCACCUCAUGUCCCGUCCUAUUUAAGGGCGGCAGUAGGACCUCCGAGCUCUACCUCUCGCCGCCAUUUUUGCACGGUUUGUGGUUCUGCUGCUAGCUAUACAUGUGUGAGGUGUGGUGUACGGUUUUGUUCUUGCCGUUGCCAGAAUGUACAUAAUGAUACUCGCUGUCUGAAGUUUGUGGCCUGAGCCAACCCAAAAUUUGUUUACUGAAACUGGAUGCUGACACAUUAUAGUAUCUCAGAGCCAAUGUUUAAAAAAUUUUAUACUAGUAUUCUUGCUUUGAAUUGUCCAUUAUUUGGUCGAGAUAAAUGGAAUCCUUUCUCAUUGUAUGCUUGUAAAUUCAAAGUGAU